GUGGAGUUUCCAACCUGUUCGGGACUGCAAGUGUCCCAGAUGUGGUGGGAAAGAGCCCAAAGUCAGCAUUUUCUUCCACCACCAUCAACGUUCAGAGGACUUUGCCAUCGCUCUCCAACCUGCAGGACCUUGUUUAUCCAUCCACUCCAACACAGCCUGUGAAGAUAUCAACUCCACCGAAACCACAAGAACCUUUUGGAGGAGGAGCCUCAUCCAAACCCAUGAGCGCAAUGAAAGUCUCCUACUCUCAACCAGAUGUAUGCCUACAGAAUCGUUCCAUCGCUAUGCCAAAUGAGUUCAGACAGGCCUGCUCGCCAGCUGAUGGAUUCGCAGUGAGAGAUCAAGGAAAGAGGACAGGACAACUUGUACAAAGCAGACUCGGCUACACAGAGAGCGACAGGAAGCAGGACGAGAGAGGUGGCUCGUUAAUGAAACUCUCUUCACAGACUUCCUACCGGUCUUGUAUCUAUUUUGAGGUGCCACUGAGAUCCACUAUUUCUGUUUUGUUUUUGGACAAGUCACUUUACAUUUCCCUUGUGGAACUAGAGGGAAGAAGAGCAGGUCAAGCCACUUUGUACAGGUCCACCUUAUCUGUCCGCUUUGGUGUCUCAUCCUGCCGCAGAUCCUCUACGGACAACAAACCAGCACAAAUAAAUGAGGGUUACGGAAGAUCCAGGGAGGCCAUGUUGGGACGAAACAAACGCAAUGUCCGGGAGACUGGUUUGGGUCACUGCAGAAGCCCUCUAUCAAAGCACAGGACCCACAAGGUCGAGCAGAUAGCACUGACGCAUGAUGUUAACAGCAAGCUUGAAGAGUCAGACACGAAGGGCCACAGCGCUACCUUGGGAUUAUUGUCAUUCAGAGGACCAAGCCCCUCACACACAAAGGCUGGCAGGCAGAAGGAGAAUGCAGAUGAGGCAGCGUUUCCUAUCUGUAGCAAUUUCAGCCACAGGCGACACACUUCUAAUAUUGGCCCAGUGGACUCCAGGACUUGGACUAAGCAAGCAGGGAGCGACAAGACAGAGGAACGACAAGAACAUGACUCGUCCUCAGAGCCUCCAAGAGUCUCCGAUAAGACCUUUCAUUCCCGACUGAAGGCUGACUCCCUGCAAGGAACGACCAAGAAUCUCAGCCUUAAAGAGGCUUUAGAGCGUCUCAGGCCAGACUUCAUUAGCCGCUCUCAAGGUCGGUUGAGGAGGUUGGAGCAGAGGGCUAGGAGAAGGAGAUACCUGCAGGACUCAAAUCCAGACCUGGUGCAAGGCCUCAGGGAGGAUCGAGGCAAACAAAAGAGGAACUGCACCACACCAGAUCCCCUCAGUGAUAACCUUUUCAAGCCUAGAGAGAGGACUAUAUCAGGCAAAGAGAUGCAGCUGAGGUCCAGACGGAUUUACAACCAGCUGCCAGAGGUGACAAAGAAAAAAGAGGAGGAGAAAAAGAGGGCCGUAUCACAAACCAACAGAUUGCGAGCAGAUGUCUUUAAAAAGAGACUGCUGGACCAGAUCCUGCAAAAAUAA